AUGAAUGAUUUCAACCUCUCUUUCAAUCAGUUACAAGGUCAACUACCAAAUCCGCUAAAUGUAAGGCAUAAUGCUGUGAUUGAUUUGAGCUCUAACAUCUUCAAAGGAUCUAUUCCUCUGCCGAGUUUCCCUCUUUUUCAACUAGCUCUUUCAAACAAUGAAUUUUCUGGCAACCAACUAUCUGGUUCAAUUCCUGAGUCUGUUGGACGGCUGUCAUUAGUUGCUGUGAUUGAUCUUUCAAGGAACAAUUUAACUGGGAGAAUUCCUUCAAGCAUAGGGAACGGUUUUUUUCUACAGGUUUUAGACUUACAAAACAAUAAUCUGUCAGGGGAAAUUCCAAGUUCUUUGGGCGACUUGUAUAAUCUUCAGUCACUUCACCUAAGCAACAACAAGAUCUCAGGAGAAAUUCCAUUAUCUUUCAUGAGUUUGCUGUCUUUGGAAACUUUGGAUCUUGGAAACAACUGUUUGACGGGUAAACUUCCUCCAUGGCUUGGAGAUGGGUUUCCAUAUCUUAGGAUACUAAGCUUGAGGUCAAACAGAUUUUCCGGAGAACUUCCCUCCUCUCUUUCAAAAUUGAGUUCACUUCAGGUCUUGGACCUGGCGGAAAAUGACUUUAAUGGUAGUAUUCCUACUACAUUUGGGGAACUUCAAUCUAUGACUCAAGUGCAAAAGAGAAACAUUCAUCUGUUUUAUGGGUCUUUGUACUACUAUGAAGAAAGCUAUGUUGUAAAUUUAAAAAACCAGUCUCAAAAGUACACAAGGACUCUCUCUCUUAUGACAAGUAUAGACCUUUCCGGGAACAACUUCUCUGGAGAACUUCCUGAAGAAAUUUCAAAGUUGGUGGGUUUGAUAGUUUUAAACCUCUCAAGAAACCAUUUCAGUGGCCCAAUUCCUCCUAGCGUGUCGCAAUUGUCAUCCCUUGAUCUUUCUGAUACUGGUUUUUCAGGUCCAAUUCCUCCAGGCAUGUCUUCUUUAGAUUUCUUGGGUUAUUUGAACUUAUCAAAUAAUAAAUUAUCUGGCAGGAUCCCUUACUCAGAGCAUUUGACGACUUUCGAAGCAUCUAGUUUUGGUGGAAACUCAGGCCUCUGUGGAGCUCCACUUACAGUAAAAUGUCAAGUUGAUGAUUCGGAUAAAUACAAGAAGAUUGAUAUUGACAGCAGCAAUAGCUCUGCUGACACAAUUAUUCUUUACUUGAGCAUUGCUGUGGGAUUUUUUGCAGGAAUCUCUGUUCCUUACACAGUUAUCGCAAUCAGAAGGUCCUGGUGGGAUGCCUACAUGGAUUCUGUUGAUAAAACUGCUGACAGAUUAUCAUAUUUAGGAUACAAAGUUGCUAGACGUUGCAGGAACAAUUUGAAGCAUAAUUAA